AUGGACUACUCGGAAAUAACAAAGCCAACUAUAGUGAUACCUCCAAAGCAAGCUAUACAAUCACCGCCAGGCAGUGACACCACCAAUACUGCCACAACCACUACAGCCCACCACCAUAAGAAGGAAGACGUUGGCAUAUUGAAAACCAAAAAGGCAUACUCAUUAGCCAAUGGACCUGCCAAAUCCAUACCCAUGAAUUUGAUAAUGAGCUAUUUUACUGGUAAUUCGUUACAAAUUAUCCCCAUGACUAUGACUCUAAUGUUGUUGGUGAAUCCCCUCAAGGCAAUUGUCUAUGAGACAGGGCCAACAUUUGAGAAGCUAAAGACAAAAGAGAAUAAACAGGAUAUACUCAUGGCAAAACUAUUGUUUGUGUUUUUCCAAGUGUUGAAUAUGGCAAUUGGUGUUUAUAAAUUAUAUAAUAUGGGAUUGAUUCCUCAUAAAGAAGCUGACUGGUUGGCGUGGAAGCAACCGACCGAUUAUAUACAAAGAUUAUCCUGA